AUUUCCGUUACUUUAUAAGUUUUAUGCAAUUUCAUUUGAAGAAACGAAAAUUUCUGUUAAGAUAAGUAUUUAUUAUAGCAUAUUGCAAGGAAUAAAGUUUCUAUAUGCGGGAACAGAAAAUUGGAAUUUAGAAAUAUUUCAAACAGACCGUGUAAUAUUUGCGACAUACUUUAACCUGAAAUAGAAGCGUGCGAUAUAGAAUAAAUUCUAAAUCGCACGAUAUUAUGAGUUUAACACGUUAAAACGUAGGAAUUCUAUAAAGAGCAAUUAUUUGGGCAUUAUCCAAUUCUAAUUCCAAUUAUAAUAUUGUAACAAACGUAGAAUAUUCGGAUCGCGGAUAUUGGUAGAACGAUAAGACUUCUGCUGAAGCAACUGUCCGUCGCAAUGCCGGGUAAAAUAAAAGUGAAAAUACUGGCAGGUCGCAACCUGCCAGUCAUGGAUCGUUCUGGCGAUACCACGGAUGCGUACGUUGAAUUAAAAUUUGGCAAUACAACAUUUAAAACGGAUGUAUGUAGGAAAUCGCUGAAUCCCCAAUGGAACUCGGAAUGGUACAGAUUCGAGGUAGACGAUUCCGAGUUGCAAGAUGAACCACUACAGAUUCGAUUGAUGGACCACGAUACUUAUUCCGCGAACGACGCGAUAGGCAAAGUUUAUAUAAAUUUGAAUCCUUUAUUGUUACCGGGUGUGCCACCCACUGUGAAAAAUAUCUGGACCCUGGAGGCUGCUCUGAAUACCAAUACCGGGUCUCAGAGUGGUUCUGUCAUGACUGGAUGGAUACCAGUGUAUGACACGAUGCAUGGAAUCCGUGGUGAAGUCAAUAUCAUUGUUAAAGUUGAACUCUUCUCAGAUUUUAACAAAUUCAGACAAUCCUCUUGCGGAGUACAAUUUUUUUAUUCGCCAAAUAUACCUUACGGAUAUCAUACUCAAACUAUACAUGGAUUCGUAGAAGAGCUAGUUGUCAGCGACGAUCCUGAAUAUAAAUGGAUUGAUAAGAUAAGGACGCCGAGGGCCUCGAAUGAGGCAAGGCAAACAUUAUUUUUUAAACUGAGCGGUGAAGUGCAAAGGAAGAUUGGUCUGAAGGCCUUAGAUCUCGGUGGAAACGCAGUUAUUGGGUACUUACAAAAUUUUGACCUGGAAGGUGAAUCUGGUAUCGUGGCUAGAGGUAUAGGUACUGCUGUUACCCUUGUAAAACUGCAAGAUACGUUAAAUGUUCUGUCUGACAAUAUAGAAGAGGCAUUAUUUUCACAGCACAAAACACAAAGGGAACGCACAGGACUCGAUGAGAGUAUGCCGAUGUAUACCGUCACUCCUACGCACAUGUCCGAUCCUGUUUUCGCAGGAAUCACGCGCAUAAGGGACAACCUUCCGCAUCAUUCAAAAGUCUGCCGAAGUCCUCGGAGAACCAUAAAAAAGUUUGAAUGUCCGUGCCGCGAGUUAGGUGUCGUCAAGUCGAAUGAAACUUCGACGGAUAGUCUGAAAAGAGCUAUGGUCUCUUACCCGACUUUGACCGAGUCGGUUGUACAAGACGCGUCUGUGAGAAUGAUGUUGGCUCUAGAAGACGAAAGGGGCGAGAGCAGAAAAUAUCAUAGCGUACGUAGGAAUUUAAGAAGGUUGUUCAGCUCGAGCGACUCGGGAAGCAAUCCUCGUUUAAGCAGUUCGGCUAGGUCUUCCGUCACGAGCAUACAAUAUCCAACAAAAGAAAAAUUAUUUAAAGAUAAUAAAACGACGAGCGGUAUUGCUGCUCUUUUGAUUAAGUCUAUUCAUGUUGUUCCUUUGGAAGAUCUUACUGAAGACCAUGAGACAGGAAGUCUGGAAGUUGUUUCCACAACUAAUGCUGAAAACGAAGACGAGUACAUCAAUCAAGAAGAUGAGAAGAAUGAUCUGGAAGAUGAGAUUCGUGUCGCAACGCCAAAAUCACAAACGAAGAAGGAACACGACUCCUCGUUCGAAGAAAAUACACCCAGUUCGAAUGGUUUUAGCGAUGAGUCUUCGCUCGCUAGUUACAAUAUCUUGAGCGAUUCAAAAUUUUCAACGGAUGAGGAAUUGGAUCCAAGAUUCGCGAGGAAACUUCGCAGAUCCGAUACUUACCCCCCGUUGAAGAAAAGAGCGUCACAGAUAAAGCCGAUACUGAGAACUGAUAGCGAUACGUGUCCCCUUCACGAAUUAAGUACAUCACCUCCUCUAGUUAAAUGUCUAUCAACGAAUCAGAUAUCUACGUUGAAUUUAGAAUGUGCAGCGAGUUCGAACACUGAGACUAAUUUUGCUGAGAUUGAUAAAAAUGCGGACAUUUUGCAAGAUCAUCAAAAUGUUGAUGACCCUCAAGCUCUCAGUCCUUCAACCACGACAGAUACUCCAACGGAACUUGAUUCUCCAGUUAUCGAUACUACAAAAGGAAUAAUUAUUUCUGUUGUCGAUUAUGAAAAGCAACACGAUGGGAUUGCAAUAGUAGAGGAAUAUACUUUAACUGAUACUGAUAAUGCGAAAGAUGACAAAAUAUCUUGUGCCGAUGAUUUUGAAGUAUCUGUUUCCGCGUAUUCUUUAUUGCAUUGCGAGAGUGAUGCCGAAAGUAAAGACAGGACGACGCACAGAUGGAGAGAUAGAAGAUACCCAUCCAUGAUCGAAGAGGAAGACGAAUACACAAUGAGAGAUUCCUUCAAAGACAAGCAAUUUAGUGAAAGACUGGAGGAUCGUGAUAUAUUAAAAUCGAGUUUAUCGGUACAGUCUUUGACAUCAUUACAACAAUAUCGACUUCCUGUCGAUGCGAAAGGAAAUAUCAGUAGUAAACUAACUUCGGAUACAAUGUCUAAAACUUCGUCCAGUGUCGAAAGUUUGUUACAAUCUUCAGGAAAUGAAAUAUUCGACGUCGUGCAUAAAAAUAGGCAACGUCGUAUGAUGGACUUGAUGAGAAUAAUCGACACGAAAAUGAUGGUUCAUCAGCAACAUACCAAUAAACCCAGAAGGAAGAAACGAAAUAAAAAUCCCAAGGAAAUACAAAGGAAUAUACACAAUCAGUUCUUAAAGAAACGGACGCACGGCUAUAGACAUGGAAGACUUAUGCGCGUUUCCUCGUUCUCCAAGGAUUUCCAUUUGAACGAAUCCACGCCCACGUUGUUUACACCAGAUACCUCUUCCUACAAUUCCUCUCUCGAGAGCAUAAUCACUCACGACACGUUGAUUCUGUCACAUUUAAGUAAAUCAACCGGGUUCGUCACCAAAAGAUCUACAGCGGAUUCAGGGUCGCGCGAAUUCACCGCGAAAGAAUUAACACUCGACGCUCGAAGCAUUGAUUCGUUUAAAGACGAUAGCAAUGUCAUAGAAAUGAAGGAACUAAAGAUAAACGAUACUAACCGUUCAUCACCUGCAUCUGUAGAUCAUUCGGUACACGAGAAUCAUAGCAUUUGUAAUAUAAAAGAAGAUCAAGACGAAUUAACUAAUAGUACUAACACUGCUAAUAUGACUUACAAUUCGUGUGUGUCCCGUCCUUCCCCCGAUCGUAGGCAACAAGACGAGGCUUCAUUAAGCCCACCUUACCCACUUCCGGUUGUUUCUCCUAUGGUCUCAAAAGUAUGCCAGUUACCAGCGACCAAGGCCCAACCCACUGCUUCGUUGCAUCGGAGAUCUAGCGAUUCCGAUCUGAGCAUUACUCCGAAGGGAAACUCGUUCGGUGCGAAUGAUAGAUCGAUGACUGGCUUACUAAAAACUUCGACUGCUAUGAUAAGGACUAUGAAUCAGGAUGCAUUUGAUAUGUUGGAGUAUCCGUUCAUCACGAUGCAGCAAUAUCCGCCAGGAUUUAUUUUGCAUCUCGGUGGUCUUGUGAGCUCUAGAUCGGUAAAACUUUUGGAGAGGAUUAGUAACUUGGAAGAACCGGAGAGUCGCGAUGCUUGGUGGAAGGAAGUCAGAAUGGAAGUUCGUUCGCACGCCAGAGCGUUAGCAUGCAACGUGGUUAUCGGUUACAAGGAAGAAACUAGCAUUUGCGACGACGUCUGCGUGUUGAAUGCAUACGGCACAGCAGCGGUGAUCAAUCUUCAUAACUCAAGUCAGGAUGCGGACAGUGUCUUCAUGGGUAAAGGACAAUCAGGGUCAGGGGAAACGGAACGCGAUAAAGUUCAACAAAGGACAGUACCCGUGAAAGUGGAGAAAAGCGAUACGGAUAUGCCCUUGCCGACUACGGUUCAAACGGGUAAAGUGAGACACACCUCGGAGAGUAGAGAUCACGAGGUUCAAUAUCAGAGUAAAUGCAGUCUCUGUCAUUUGCCGUACAACGAAGCGAGCGUUCCGUUUCGCGUGAACGUCUCAAAAUGUGCAAUAUGCAAACGCGCCCGGGUACCAGACGUGAUGUUCACUACGAUAGAAUUGCCGGAGAACCUUACGACUACCGGUCGAGGAUGUAUCAUUCAAGCCACUACGUGCAAGGCGAAGAAAGACCUCAGGGGAGAGCUUAAUGCCAAGGAGAUAUCCGAUUGCUUGCCAUUUUUAGAAUACGAACUACAUAGUUUAUUGUUGAACAAAUUAAGAGUCAAGGGAAUGAACGCGAUAUUUGGAUUAAAGCUGCAAGUUUCUGUUGGAGAACGAUUGAUCAUUGGUAUGGCCGUUGGUACAGCAGUGUUCUUGACCGCGUUACCCACGCCUACUAUACCACAAAUCGCCUCUGGAAAUUCCUGGCACAAGGAGGAACAAUUAGCUGAGAUUCAGAAGACUUUGGUAGAGACUGUUAAGCAGAACAGGGAAUUUUAUAAGCUGAAACCUGUUGGGGAUGUUGAAAAUGGACGAGUUACAACUUCGGACACCGACGAAUCGGACGAUGAUUUACCUGACAUAGAUUUUAGCGUAGGUCCGAGGGACACGUGCGUCUUAGAAGUGGACGACAUCGAAGACAUGGAUAGAAUAUCGUUAUUAAUGGACGAUAGACCUCCGGAAGAUUUUCAUGUAGUAAAUACUCAAAUGAUUCCUGGGUUAGACGACUUAGAAAUUGUAAGGAAUCUACAGAUGUUCACGCAAAUAUCAAGGACGAAAAUCCCUGCUGGGCAAUUCGCAUCGAUGCCUUCGAAAUAUUUUGCCAAAUUACUGCAGUCUGUAUAUUUUAAAUUGAGGCGCAUGAUUCCGUGUGCGUUAUGCGAUAUGCAAUUCAAAUUGGCACUUCCCGAACCAGAUGAAAUACAGUUUACCGUAAUCGGCAUGGCUCUCGGGCUAGGAGAUCCCGUGAAAGUGAACAAGUCGUGUAAGAAGAAAUUGAUAACUCAUUCCGCGAGUAAAGACCAAGUUAAGAGAUCAGACGAUUCUGACAUGAUAUUUAAUCUCGAUGUGGAUCACGCUGAGCUCUCGUCGGACAAUGCAUCCAGCAGCAAUAUGAACACCGCUGUUCUUACCAAUACCGUAUGGAAGUCUCGACCUCGAUCACCAUUGCGAUCCAAGGUUCACGCAAUACAUAGACAUAAACAUGUGCCUUUAAAGGGAAGAUACGGUGUAGAUAUAACGCCUCUCUCUUAUCUACCAGGUGGCCGCAUAGAAAGAUAUCUAGGAAAUUUAAAUUUCUUCUUCAUUCGUGAAAGCACGUCUAUCAGAGAAAACGGUGGUUUAAGCGGGUUUACUCAUAGCUUCGUGACAGAGGUCUUAGCGAUUGUUCGUGCACACAUCACCGCUUUAGGAGGCAACGCGAUGGUAGCAUUUUUCAUGAGCAAAUGCGUGCUUCUUCACAGUCCGCAUAAGAAUCAAGGCCAGUGUUUGAUAAACGUCGGCGGCGAUGUAGUGUCCGUCUCGUAUUUCGCGGACGAGAAGCACUGUGGAGCCACAAAUUGCUGACCCCAAGCACCGCACUCGGCGCCUCCAUAGCUGCACCCGUACUCCGAGAAGCAACGUCGAUGGUUCGACUUCUCGUUCAUCGACGAGCUACGCUAGCCUCCUGUUACAGCGACAAAACCCAUCGCUCUGUGAUAGAAUUAGAACUUGUAAAUAAUACAAAUCCUUAGCAUAUAAGUGCAGCGUUGCAAUCAGAACGAAAUAGACGAGUUUGUAUUUCUUGCGAAGAAACGGCUUUCAAAGACGAAGCUCGUGUCACAGAACGCACAUACCCCCGGGAGCACAGUUCGACGAUUAGGUGCCUUCAGAAUUGUACAUAGAGUUUGCGGACAAAUUUUUUCAAUCCACCAACGAAGUAGUGAGUUAUUUGUUGCUGCUGUAGGCAAACUGUAUAAUUCUGAAUAAGGUAUGAUAAUUUCUUUCUCAAGCGUAACAUCCGAGUUCCGAGACAGCUUCGUGUAUAGCGAUCGAUGUUAAUGCGAGUAUGUAAAUGUUUUGCUCACGGCCAGCGAGUGAAAUCGGUGUCGACGGCCCGUGAAGAAUAAAUCUGCCGGUAAAGGUUGAACAAGUUGUUUCUAAUUCUGUAGAUAUUGGAAUAACAAAAAAUUGUACAAGCGCUAUCCGCUGCGAUGAACAAGCGUUCGAAUUAUCUCGCGACUUUCCGUCUCUUUCAAGAAUACGUUUCCUCAGGUAUCCGAGCUGAGUAACAUAUAACGAGAAUUAGAUCGUUCGGUAAAGUACUCCUUACGAAGUGUCAUGCACAUUUGGAUCGUUAUGCAUGCGUUUAUAAAUCCUUUACGUCCUAUCGUUAUCUAUCCAUUUGAAAUUAAUUUCAAUAAACGCUUAACACGCGAAAUCUACGCCACGCAGUGAAUGUGCAUUGUAAAAUGA